AUGUUUCAACGUCAUGUAAUGACGAGCAUUAACGCCAUGGAACGUGUGGCAAGCAACCGUCAGAUCCGCCGUAAGACACGUCAUCCAGCAUAUUUACGUGUAUUGAAGCGCCAGCCUCAGGCUGAAAUCAUUGUUCCACCGCUCAAGUAUGAGCCUACGUAUGUACCAAAGAAGGUGAGUUUUAAUGGCUGGUCACCGGCUCCGGAGACGCCAUUGCCAGGUUUGCCAUUUCAUGUCAAGCGCACAGCUGUGGGACUACAGCUGCCAGUGUACAGAGACUUUAGAAAUGGUCGUACACGAGUGCUGACCAUCCUGCGGCGCUUCAAAGGUGACGAGCAGGAGCUGCGUGAUGAGAUGUCCAAGGUAUGCAAGGGCAAGGAGGUGAUUGUGCGUCCUGGUCGCUUGGAGGUUGUGGGCGAUUAUGCGAAUGAUAUUCGCAAGUGGCUCGUGGGUCUCGGCUUUUAG